AUGCCAGGCAUUCUACCAAUGAAGGUCAUCAAGGUCGGGACCAACUCGCAGACCCGCAUCGCCCAGGCUUGCGAUCGCUGUCGCAGCAAGAAGAUCCGCUGCGAUGGCAUCCGGCCCUCCUGUUCGCAAUGUCUCAACGUCGGCUUCGAGUGCAAAACUAGCGACAAGCUGAGUCGCCGCGCCUUCCCGCGUGGCUACACCGAGUCGCUUGAGGAGCGCGUGCGUCAGCUCGAGUCCGAGAUUCGCGAGCUGAAGGAACUGCUGGACGAGAAGGACGAGAAGAUCGACAUGCUGUCGCGCAUGCACUCCAACUCCCCUGGAUCCAUCGGUCGGAGACCAUCACCAUCGCCCGCGCCAGUCACCCCGAGAGAAGAGGCCCCCGACAAGGAAGACCUCUUCAAGAUCCAGCAAUCGCCCAUUCUCCUGGAGGACGGCAGCUCAGAUUCUUAUUUCGUCGGCACAUCGAGUGGAAGGACACUGAUUGACUCCUUCUACCGCCGCGUCCAGGAGACGGGUCGCUCGCUCCCGUCAAUCCGACCCGAGGCUUUCCUCGAGACUGACUCAAAACCCCAACCGACCCGGGACACGUCUUCUGUCUCUUUCAAGGCACCUCCCCGCCUUGUGUCCGAUCAAUUAAUCAACAUUUUCUUCCAAGAAUGGGCCCCUCUUUUCCCGGUGCUCCACCGCCCGGCUUUCCUCGCAUUGUACGAUGAAUUCGUCAACAGCUCAGAACCCCUCUCCGACAAGAAGGCUCUCGCGCAACUCAACCUCGUUUUUGGUAUCGCUGCCCUCGCUGGUAAUGCCCCCGACAAGUCACUCGUAGAAUCGGUUGAGCUUCAAUGGCACGCUGCUUUGAACUCCUUCAUCGAUGACACUUCUCUCGUUACCUUGCAAUGUCUUGUCCUUGCACAGAUCUUUUGCCUUCAGAAGGCGGAUUACAAUCGUCUGCUGAAGUACAAGGGCAUCGCCGUCAGUCUGGCGCAUCGUUUGGGUCUCCACCAGUCGCAAAAGCGUUUCGCACUUGGCGUUCUUACCAGCGAGAUGAGGAAGAAGGUUUUCUGGACACAGUACACUCUUGACUGCUUCACUGCCGCUCAACUUGGUCUGCCUAAGCAAUUGCGCGAGGAGGACAUUCACUGCGAGUUCCCCGUGGAUGCCGAUGACGAGUACAUCACGGAGAAGGGCUUCCUCCCUUCCCUUCCUGGAGAGUUCACCAAGCUGUCCAGCGCCCUUGCUCUCUUCCGUGCUGCGCGCAUCCUUGGCAAUGUCCUCUGCGAGAACUUCCCGGCUGCCACGUCACAUGAGAUUUCCCUCCGCAAGAUGGCUGCUCAGUCGGAUGAGUUGGACGAGUGGAACAACAACUUGGCCUCGCACUUGAAGCUUCAAUUCGUGCAGGACAAGCCCAGCACCCACAUCAUCAGCAGCCGCUCGCCCAUUCUGUCUCUUGCCUACCAGUACAUCAAGUCUCUGAUCUGGCGCCCUGCCGUGUGCGCCAACAUUGGAGGCCGAGCAUCCGCCGCUACGCUUGCUGUUGCUGGCGCCUCGAAGGCCACAGUCCAGAUCUUGCAGCUUUUGGAGGAGAGGAGCAUGUGCUUCGCCAUUUGCCUGAACAAGCAUGAUAUGCUCGUGACCUCAGGCUUCGGUCUCAUGUUCCAGAGUCUCGAUCUCGAUCAAGACAGCAAGCUCAUCAAGGAGAACCAGAAGCUCAUGGCCGCAAUCGUUGGUUACCUCGAACGUUCUCAGUCCCCUGGAUCCGCCGCAUUCCGCAAGGUGGCAAAGUCGACUCUCUCCCCCAAUGCAUCAAAGUCCUCUCCAAUUCCCAACAACAUGCAGGCUCCCCAGGAUGCUCUCCGCUCGACGCAGAGGCACCUCAAGGCGAUCGCAUCACGCUUCUCUCCCAACAGACAGCAGCAGGAUGCUUCGAGCGACAGCCGACGGGCGACGCUCGCCACGCUUCCCAACCUUGCCACUGCACACAGCAACCAGAGCGGCGUCAGCAUCAGCUCAGUUCACUCUGAACCCCACGCCCGGUCAGAACCCACCAUGUCACCCCUGUCGCACCGUGCCUCACUCGGCGGUACUCCGUCAAUCAAAAUUCGGCGUCCAAGCGUGGGCGGGUCCACUCUUAACCUUGACUAUCUCUCUUUCGGUACCGAAUCACAGUCGAACACUUAUUCGAUGGCGGCGCACCUGAAAUCGGAAACACAGUCGCCCGGCGACUGGGAGCGCCUCCUCAGCGGGCUUGACAAUGGACAGACCAACAUCUACGACAGCAUCUACGGCGGUGCACCCGUGGAUGCGCUAGGCGACGUUCCUCCCCUGUCGGCGACUUCGGACGCGAACCUGGCGUGGUCGCCGAGCGUGUGGACAGUGGGACCGCCCGACCAGCAGCCACCGCAAAGCGUACUAAGCUUUUCUGACGAGAGCCUUACGAGCGGCAGCAACGACUUCGACUGCGACUUCGGGUCCGGGAACUCCGACUCGUAUAGGGGCCUUGUGAUCCCCGACCUAAGUCCGUCGGCCAAUGGCAUCGCGCUUGAUGGAACCUUUGGACUGUGA